AUGACGGCUCGCGCAACCGGGCAGCGCUUCAGGCAGCGCAAGCUUUCGACCAAACAGAAUUUACCUGUCGUUCGCGAGAGUGAGGUUGAGCAGCUUGCUGAUGACGAUGCGUCGCGCCAUAUUCCCAAGGUUGAGACCGGUGUUGAGAAGGGCGAGGAGAUUGAACACCAUCUACAGGCCGUCAUCUCCGCCGCCCAGGCAGCUGCGCAAGGCGCGACUGGUGGGAAGAUUGCACAACUCUACAUUCCGACUCCGGAUGCUGUCGCCAGCACACUGCAAUAUGAAGAUGUCUAUCCAAAACGGUUUACACAACCUGCCACUUACAUACGGUUCUCGUCAACCGUGGAGGAUACGUCCGGCUGCCCGUAUUGCAUGAACAGUGAUGAUCUUGCCUUUCUCAAGUCUUACAACCAGAAAAAGGGCAAGAACAACAAUUGCUCAGAAGACGAGUUCGAAGAGGUUAUGAACUUUUUUGAAGAAACCACAGCAAUCAAGCAGCCGUAUGCCGCGGUCGACAACUCGUCUGCUCUUGCCUUUGAAGAACUUGAAGCCGAGUUCGAUGAGACAAUCAGCGAGUCGGCACGGCGGUUCGCCAAAGACAUUUACCCACAUUGGAAGAAUCAACGAUUACUAAAGGGCAACCGCCCGCUGAUGCCCUCACUGAAAUUCGAGACGAAUCUCGAGACCGAUGAUGCUGACCCGUAUGUUUGCUUCCGACGCCGUGAAGUCCGACAGGUCCGCAAGACGCGUGGUCGCGACGCGCAAGUAACGGAGAAGCUCAAGAAGCUGAGGAAGGAACUGGAGGAGGCUCGUUUGCUGAUGUCGCAAGUCAAGCGACGAGAGGCAGUCAUCAGAGAACAGCUUGCCACAGACAAGCUGAUCUUCGAACAACGCCAUGCCGUCAAGGAGCUCAAGCGCAGACUCAGCAUCAAGGGUGAUGAUGACGAACUACUCAUCACUCAGAAGCCUGCUCCUAAACCAAAGAGAACUGCCGAUGUUGAAAGACAACGUCAGACUCUACCAGGCAUGAAGCCUACCAACACACGUCCAGACGGGCGUCUUGUUGAUGGUGAUAUAGUGUACCUCGAAGAGCAGCAAGCCAAGCGCACAGAGGCGAUCGAUAGCUUCAUCGAAGACAACCUGGUUAAGCACCAAAAGUGGAAUGUGGGCUGGGUCGACGCAACAUGGCGACCCAUCACGCCACCUUUGGAGCCGCCGGCUGCGAAGUCGGACUUCCGUACAGUAUUUACGGAGAGUCAGCUUCCCACGCCUCCUGCGUCCGUGUCUGAUGGUGAAGGUGCUGAUGCAACAGCAGUGGUGCCGUCGAGUAAGCAGACAGAUCCACGGAGAAGUGCGCGCAUACGUUUUGCCACUCCUCCAGAUGACGUUCCGUUCCAUGAUCAAUCUCGCUUCCGUCGUAGAAUUGGUCGAGGCGGGCGUAUGAUGAUCGAUCGCCGAGGCGUGAAGCGUCAAAAGACCGAGAGGGUAGACGACCGCUUGGCCGAUCGAUGGCGCUUCUCUGGCGACAGCAGUGAAGAUGAGGAGACAUAUCCCGUCGACUGGACAGACAAUCUGCACAUCAGAUAUCGCAUCAUGAUUGAGCGCCAGGGCGAGAAGGCUGCGGUUCAACAACCUCCACCAAAUCCGAAUCGCCGGUCCAUUGAAAACCACAAUCGAUCUGCAUCCGGCCAUCUUCUUCCUCCUACACCCACAACUGCCGCAGCUGGAGGUUCUUCUGGGAGGUAA